AUGGGCAACGCCCUGGUCGAGUUUGCCUUGAAAGUCGUCAAGGAGGCCCGAAAAGUUGGCGCGAUUGUUGUCCUGGAGAAUCCACAGACGUCCUGGAUGUGGGAACUGCCCGAGUUGAAGGCCAAGAGGCGUGCGGAGCGGCUCCCUGAUGCCACCUUCGACAUCGAUGGAGAUGGCGUGGUAGGGCCAACCGACUAUUUUGUGGCCAAGACGUUUGCGAAGGAGCAGCGCAACCGGCUCGAUACUGGCGAUCGAGGCAAAGUCGUCGAAGCUUUGGAGCAGGGCUUUCUGGAUCGAUACUCCUGGGGCUACGACGAGGUGGGCGCGGCCCGGAAGAACGUCGUGAAACAGCUCCGAGGCCGGAUCUACAACGGCGACAACGGGCACGAGCUGAGCCACGUCUACCCGCCCCACUGGAACUCGGACAAAAUCCCGAACUACUGGACAGAGCUCAAGAUCUUGGACGGCGCAGGCGCUUUGUCCUGGCGCUGCGAGGGUGCUGUCGCAGUUGUGGACUACUGCACAUCCGUGAGCUUUGUCGGCGGCGAGCUGUGGAUGUGGGUUGGCGCGGGGCCGGUUGCUACUUGCCUACUUACGGCAGUGUCAGACUUUGACGCUCGGAAUUGGAAGCAAUCGUAUGGGGCCAUCUUGAGCAAUACUCCUGUUCUUGACUCGAAAUUCCUGGAGCCAGUGAGGCUGCUGAAUGAAUGCACCAGCAAAUUCAGCGACCAUCGAAUGUUCUGA